GUGUCGACCGACCGGCGCAUCAGCUCGCUGUGAUGUAGCCAUGAUGAGAAAAUAUCAAAAGUAUGCAUCUGCUCCACACCUGUCUCCACCAUCGCUGAAAGGACAUAUCGAUUGCAUCGCUAAGGAAGUAAAUUCUGAGCCAAAACUCAUUUGAACUAUAGCAUGGUGCCAAUCAGGACCUACAACCGAGUUUGAUGUUGUUUUGUUUUUGGUAGGCUACCAUGCUGGUUGGAAGAUAUCAAUAAAUACCUAGCCAUUGCUCAUUGAUCAUAUGCAAUUAUACUACACUAAUGUCUGUUGAAAAAGAUCAAGACAUUGCUAUGUAGAAAUGACCAAUCUUUCAACAUGCAUAUAACACAUGUAUAGCCUAAGGUCAGGCUGUUCAUCAUUGUGAUUGGUAGAUGCAGUACCAGCAGCUGUGUAGCCUUGUUGUCAUUCCAAUCAUCAUCAUCAUCAUUGCCAUCUUCAUCAAAAUGUAAUUUGCUGUGGCUGCUAGAGCAGUUGAGCUCACAAUCAUCAAAUUCUGAAUGAAAUACAUGAACGUGCAUUGUGAACAAUGUUUCGUUUAUCCCUUAGAACGGAGCUCUCUCCAAUCUGCUCCCCCCUCCAUCAUUCGCACAACUGAUACUGAAAGAGGGAGGCAGCAACUGCCUGAGCUUAGGAAUUGAACUCCGAUAACGAAUGAUCAGGCUAUUUGUGCACCCGAUUUAGGAAUUUUAGGGGUUACAAAUGAAAUAAGGAAGUUGAAAAAACGCGUAUUCAAUUCACUAAUUGUGAAUUAUUGUAUUUGACCGCAAUUUUUACUCACUUGUUUGAGGCGGACGCCCAGAGUUCUUCCCUUCUGUUUUGAGGCUGAAGUUGUUGCGCAACGCAAAUGUGAGAUCCACAUGCAAUCUACGGAGGAGCCUUCCAAUAUUUGGAUGUAUGUGCUCUGGAAUAUAAAGUGGUUUAUUUUCAGAAGGCAGGAAAAAUAAACGUUUUUCCCCCUUGUUUGGUAUUUCAGCCUCGCAUCAAUUCUAACACGGGCAGUUGCGCGAAUUUAUUUCAUAUUUUGACCACACGGAAAAUGAAAAUACCUUUUAUCAGGGCUCGUGUAACCUCGAUAUCUCUUUGAGUCAUUAAAAAUAAACAUAAUUGGUCUCCACACUUUCAGAAAUCAGGACACAGCCACAGUUUGGAGAGGAUGAGGAGUCGCUGGGUGAAGCAUGAGCUGCCAGGGUAUCGGUCUUAGACAGGUGCCUGUGCUGCUCUUAUGGGAGGGGGUCGCUCUGGGCCUGUUCUGCUGCUGGACCUGGGCUGGGGUUGCUGCCGCCGCGGCCGGACCAAGUGAUGGCGGUGGUGCUGGGCCCAUGGGCUGGCUUCUGUCAGACAAAGGGCCCUUCCACAAUUCCCUGGAGUUUACAGAGUCUGUGGAGAGACACCAGCAGGGCUACACCACCAGAUACAAGAUCUACAGGGAGUUUGGCCGAUGGAAGGUCAACAGCCUGGCGGUGGAGGGGCGUGACAACAGUGGCGGCCUGGCUCCGCCCCUCGACCCUGACUUCAUGCACACGGUCAGGCAGCUUGGGCGGCGGCCCACACUCCGCCGGAUCACUGAGAAAAUCAUCAAGAAGUACGGGACUCACCUCCUACUGUCCGCCACGCUGGGAGGGGAGGAGUCCUUGACGAUAUUUGUGGAUAAGAGGAAGCUACGCCGCGACCCGGAACCGGGGGCUGGAGCUGAGGGCAGCAGACACAACGGUACGGGGGCCAUGGCAGGGGCGGUGACCCUGGAGGCCCUUCACCAGCUGGCUGCCUCCUACUUCACCGACAGGGAGAGCACUCUGCGCCGGCUCCACCACCUCCAGAUUGCCUCCACUGCCAUCAGGGUGACUGAAACCAGGACGGGCCCGCUUGGAUGCAGUAACUAUGACAACCUUGACUCUAUCAGCUCAGUACUGGUCCACAGUCCAGAAAACAAGAUCCAGUUACAAGGACUCCAGGUAAUUCUACCAGUCUACCUGCGGAGCCGCUUCGUCCAGGCAGCCCUCAGCUACAUCGGCUGUAACUCGGAGGGCCAGUUUGUUUGCAGGGCCAGUGACUGCUGGUGCCAGUGCGGCCCGGACUUCCCACAGUGCAACUGUCCACAGACGGAUCUCCAGGCCCUGGAGAACAACCUGCUGCGCCUCAGGGAGGCUUGGACACUGGCCAACCAGGAGUUUGUGGAAUCAGAGGAGUUCCAAAGCUUUGUUGGAAGGUUGCCAACCCAUUACGCCGUGAACACAUCUGUCGUGGAGCACUUGUGGAGGAUGGAUGGGGGUCUGCUCCAACGCUAUAGGCAGCUGGAGACCACGAGCGGCCUGCUCCUCGACAAAGCACGUCGCGCCGCUAACAAGCUCUUCAGUCUUAGCAAGAGAUGCCGCCAUCAGCCCAGAAUAGUGCUGCAGAGGGAGAGACCCCUUCGCUACUGGCUGAGCUACAUCCUGUCCCUUCUGUACUGCAGUGAGAAUGACCACAUCGGCCUGUACUCUGUGGAGACCCGCAGCUGCUCCUGCCCCUACCUCCACCCCCCCUGCCAGGGCCCCAUCCCCUGCUCAGUAGGAGAGGGCCCCCGCUGCACCUCCUGUUCCACUGAGAACCGCACCCGCUGCUCCAGCUGCAACCUGGGCUUUACCCUGGGCCAGGGGCUGUGCCGACCCGCCGUGCCUGACCCCACGGACCCCUACCUGGGCUUGGAGAGCGACCGCGACCUCCAGGACCUGGAGCUGUGCUACCUGCUCCAGCACCGGGACCCGCGCAUCACCUUGCACGGCAUCUUCGUCAGCAACGACGUUCGCCUCAACGCCUGGUUUGACCCGUCGUGGCGGAAGAGGAUGCUGCUGACCUUGAAGAGCAACCGCUACAAGUCCAACCGUGUGCACAUGCUCCUGGGGGUGGCGCUCCAGGUGUGCCUGACCAAGAACAGCACGCUGGAGCCUGCGCUGUCCGUGUUCGUCAACCCGUUCGGGGGCAGCCACUCGGAGAGCUGGACCAUGCCGAUCGGCCAGCACGGCUACCCGGACUGGGAGCGGACCAAGCUGGAUAUCCCCCUGGACUGCUACAACUGGACCUUGACGCUGGGUAACCGGUGGAAGAGCUUUUUCGAGACAGUGCAUUUCUACCUGAGGAGCCGCAUUAGGGAUUCGGUGCCAGGAUUGGCUCCAGGGCCAGAGGUUAGGGGACACAGGAACGCGAGUACAGUGUACCUGGAAUCACCGGAGGGCACCGUGAAACCAGUGGUGGCAUCUUCAUCCCAGAACAUGGGCUACAUGAAGAUCAACAGCAUGCAGCUGUUUGGAUACAGCAUGCACUUUGACCCGGACACCAUCCAGGACCUGAUCUUGCAGCUGGACUACCCGUACACUCAGGGAUCCCAGGACUCGGCCCUGCUGCAGCUGGUGGAGAUCCGCUACAGGGUCAACCGACUCUCUCCUCCAGGGGCUCAACCGAUGGACCUGUUCUCAUGUCUGCUCCGUCACAGACUGAAACUGUCCAGCUCUGAAGUAACCAGAAUACUGGCUUCCUUACAGGCUUUCAGUGCCAGACAACCAAACUCUGUGGAGUACGAAGCAACCAAACUAUGUAGUUAAUGAGCGGUGGGCAGGGCCUAUGUGAUGUCUUUUGUAUUAACCCAAUCAGAGACAAUGUCUGCCACAUAGCUUAUAGAUUUUGUCCAAUGGGUCCAUUUGUGUCGGUGUACACUGUUCAUGGCUUUAGUUGUAUGUAAGUGUCAUUAAAUUUGAUGUUUUUAAUCACUCAAAUAAUCAAAUUGCUUUGAUUUAUGGACUUUUAUGAAUUUUAGGAAACAAACCAUCAAUUGGUUAUUACAUUGAUACUAACAUGCACCCUACUGGACCAUAUGUAUCAGUCCAGUUCAUCUGCUGAGGGAAGGGGAGUGAGACGCUGCAUAUGGGCUGUGUUUUUGUACUGACCAUCUGAAGCUGCAGAAUACAUUGUCUCACAAUGUCUCUGUUCUCCAAUGGGGAGAGAAGGUAUCCUUGGCACAGAUUACCAAGCAUAUAGUGGGGAGAUUGAGAGUAGUAGCCUCCUACUCUGUACCUGGUCAACAUUCACAUUUACUGAGGGAGGGAAUCAGAGAGACAUGCAAAGCAUCAAACACAGGCUAGGUAUCAAUGGCCAUGAUCAGAGAUACAGUUGAAGUCGGAAGUUUACAUACACCUUAGCCAAAUUGUAACGGCAGUCUAGCUCUUCUUCCUCCUCGGACGAGGAGAGGAGAGAAGGAUCGGAGGACCAAUGUGCAGCGUGGUAAUUUUCCAUGAAUUUAAUAAACACGUAGACAAGAUACUGACAAACUAAUACAAAACAACAAACGACUGUGAAGCUACAAACGAAAGUGCAAUACACAAACUACUAACGUUAGACAUAGACACUAUACAAAAUAACAAACAAACAAACCGUCACAGUCCUGUGUGGCACAAACACUGACACAGGAAACAACCACCCACAAUCCCCAACACAAAACAAGCCACCUAUAUAUGAUUCUCAAUCAGGGACAACGAUUGACAGCUGUCUCUGAUUGAGAACCAUAUUAGGCUGAACACAGAAACAGACGAACUAGACACACAACAUAGAAUUCUCACCCAGGUCACUUCCUGACCAACACUAAACAAGCAAAACACAUACGAACUCUGGUCAGGACGUUACACAAAUACAUUUAAACUCAGUUAUUCACAAUUCCUGACAUUUAAUCCUCGUAAAAAUUCCCUGUCUUAGGUCAGUUAGGAUCACCACUUUAUUUUAAGAAUGUGAAAUGUCAGAAUAAUAGUAGAAAAAAUGAUUAAUUUCAGCUUUUAUUUCUUUCAUCACAUUCCCAGUGGGUCAGAAGUUUACAUACACUCAAUUAGUAUUUUUUGCAUUGCCUUUAAAUUGUUUAACUUGGGUCAAACAUUUCAGGUAGCCUUCCACAAACUUCCCACAAUAAGUUGGUUGAAUUUUGUCCCAUUCCUCCUGACAGAUCUGGUGUAACUGAGUCAGGUUUGUAGGCCUCCUUGCUCACACAAGUUUUUCAGUUCUGCCCACAACUUUGAUAGGAUGAGGUCAGGGCUUUGUGAUGGCCACUCCAAUACCUUGACUUUGUGGUCCUUAAACCAUUCUGCCACAACUUUGGAAGUAUGCUUGGGGUCAUUGUCCAUUUGGAAGAUCCAUUUGCGACCAAGCUUAAACUUCCUGACUGAUGUCUUGAGAUGUUGCUUCAAUAUAUCCACAUCAUUUUCCUUUCCUCAUGAUGCCAUCUAUUUUUUGAAGUGCACUAGUCCCUCCUGCAGCAAAGCACCCCCACAACAUGAUGCUGCCACCCCCGUGCCUCACGGUUGGGAUGGUGUUGUUCGGCUUGCAAGCCUCCCCCUUUUUCCUCCAAACAUAACGAUGGUCAUUAUGGCAGAGCAGUUUUAUUUUUGUUUCAUCAGACCAGAGGACAUUUCUCCAAAAGUACGAUCUUGUGCAGUUGCAAACCGUAGUCUGGCUUUUUUAUGGCGGUUCUGGAGCAGUGGCUUCUUCCUUGCUGAGCAGCCUUUCAGGUUAUGUCGAUAUAGGACUCGUUUUUUACUGUGGAUAUAGAUACUUUUGGACCUGUUUCCUCCAGCAUCUUCACAAGGUCCUCCACUUUUCGCACCAAAGUACGUUUAUCUCUAGGAGACAGAACGCGUCUCCUUCCUGGGCGGUAUGACGGCUGCGUGAUCCUUUGGUGUUUAUACUUGCGUACUAUUGUUUGUACAGAUGAACGUGGUACCUUCAGGCAUUUAGAAAUUGCUCCCAAGGAUGAACCAGACUUGUGGAGGUCAAACAUUUUUUUUUUUAGGUCUUGGCUGAUUUCUUUUGAUUUUCCCAUGAUGUCAAGUCAAGAGGCACUGAGUUUGAAGGUAGGCCUUGAAAUACAUCCACAGGUACACCUCCAAUUGACUCAAAUUAUGUCAAUUCGCCUAUCAGAAGCUUCUAAAGCCAUGACAUCAUUGUCUGAAAAUUUCAAGCUGUUUAAAGGCACAGUCAACUUAGUGUAUGUAAACUUCUGACCAACUGGGAUUGUGAUACAGUGAAUUAUAAGUGAAAUAAUCUGUCUGUAAACAAUUGUUGGAAAAAUUACUUGUGUCAUGCAAAAAGUAGAUGUCCUAACCGAUUUGCCAAAACUAUAGUUUGUUAACAAGAAAUUUGUAGAGUGGUUGAAAAACGAGUUUUAAUGACUCCAACCUAAGUGUAUGUAAACUUCCGACUUCAACUGUAGUUCUCACACGGAGCAAGAGGGAGUUGAUUUAAAGUCUCAAAGACCAAUGGGUAAAAUUUAGAUAGCACUUGUGCCGAAGUCACUAGUAGUCACGUAAUCUAGAUUCGUAAGACAUUUUCUUCUGGGGUUAAGGAGAGACUUGAUUUUCUGAUAUUCUCUACUAACCACUGCUCAUAUUUAGUUUAAAAAGGAUGAGAGCUGAAGGGAUAAUGCAAUGUGAGGGUACUUUAUGGAGGUAGGGGGUAUUGGCGACUGUGUAUAAGGGUGUUUUUCUGUAGUCUAAUAGUGAGAAGCUUGUACAUGUUAUUUUGUGUGUUAUUUAUGCCAGACUUUUUCAAAAAAUAAAAUAAAAAAUCUGAGUUAUCCA